ACUCUCAUGAUGGAUUUAGAAGAUGACACCUCUGUGUUAACAACCUUGAAGUCCUUCAAUUCCUUCAUCAGCCAGACUGAAGCUCCACAGCGGCUGUCAGAGGGCUCAGCGGGGAGUGGGAACCUGCAUAGUCAAUACAAACGCAGCAUGGAGUUGUUGGAAGCCGGAGAGAGGGUUCACUCCAAUAAUCGCUAUCUUCAGCUGGACGGGGAGAAGAAGCAGAUGGAGCUGAGUCACAAGCGAGCUCGAUAUGAACUUGAGAAGGUCGCUUCUGACAGCGCACGAGACUUGGAG